AUGGAGCCACAUGAAAACGACGAUUUAGCUAAAACUUAUCAAAGCAUGCCUCCAAAGAAACCAAUGAACUUACCAUCACCAAGGUCUACUUCUACCCGUCUCAAUUCAGCCGGUCCUUACUUUCAACCAUUCUCAUUGGCAAAUCAGGUUGGCCAGGGUGCUCCAUUGGCUCCUCUUUCAGAAGAAGCCUAUGGGAUUUAUACUGAAUACUUUGAAUCAGGGAAUCAAAGUGAGGGUGUUUCAUUGGCUCCUCCUUCAGAGGAUGCACCUAAGAAUUUUACUGAAUACCUGGAAUCAGUGAAUCAAACUGAGGAGAAACAAAUAUAUGAGUUAAUGUCUCCAAUCACAAAACACACCUGGGAAGGAGAACCAUGGAGUGGUGCAAAUGAAAACAUGGGAUCAUCAUCAACAGCUAUAGGCCAUGAGGUUAACAAUGCUGGUGGAUUUGAAAAAACUUUACUCAAGGAUCUCCCUUCUACUAUGGAGCAUCAAUCUAACAUGAUGCUUGGAAAUGAUCCCGGGGACACAAAUAUUGCAUCGCAACAUUUGGGAGUGGAUCCAACUGAACUAGAUCAGAAUUUGGGCCAAGAUUUCAAUGCAGCUAGCACUAAUCCCCAACCUGAAAAGCUGGUAAGUGAUGAAGAGGAAAAGCAAAGAAAAAGGAAGUCAAGUUUGGGAUUGCCCGAGAUACCAAAGAAUCCGAAACAGCAAAGGAAAAGAGUGAAUGAUCUCAUCGCCAUGAACAAUAGGCUCAAGGAAAAGAUUGAGCGCCUUUCUGAGGAAUGUUUGGAUCUCUCAAAUGAAAACAAAAUUUUAGAGAAAGAACUGGCUGAGAAGUAUGGGGCAGAAAUAACAGACAUUCUUGAGAGCUUCGAUCCAAGCCGCUUUGACUCCUUUGCUGGUGCUGGUGCUGGUGAUGGUGGCAGUGGUGCUGAUGCUGAUGGGGAUGGUGGCCGUGGUGCUGAUGGGGAUGGUGAUGGUGGCCGCAGUGCUGAUGCUGAUGGGGAUGGUGGUAGUGGCCGUGGUGCUGAUGGUGAUGGUGAUGAGAGCUGA